UCUUUUUCUUCCUUCCUUCUGUAGCUCAGCUUUCGCUCAGCUCUCUUUAGCACUCUUUGAAUUAGGCACAAUGAGUAGGCAAUUCAGUUCUAGAUCUGGGGGAGGGAUUAGGACUUCCCGGGGAUAUACCUCUUCCACUACUGUCAUUCCCAGUGGAACCAAAGCUAGUUUCAGUUCAGUUUCAUUAUCCCGUGGUGUGAAGGGAAGUGCAGGAUUGGGUGGGGGCUUUGGUAGUAGAAGCCUCUACAAUCUGGGGGGUGGCAAACGGACCUCUUUAGGAAUCAGCCAUAGCAGCAUUGGAGGAGGCUUUGGGAGUGGCCUAGGAUAUGGUGGUGGCGGUGGUGGAGGAGGAUUUGGUAGUGGCUAUGGAUAUGGAGCUGGAGGUUUUGGUUUAGGAGUAGGAGUAGGAGGCUAUGAUGGUGGACUAAGAAUGGGGCCCAUGGUUCCUCCUGGGGGCAUCCAGAAAGUGACUGUCAAUUCCAACCUCCUAUCACCACUGCACUUGGAGAUUGAUCCUGACAUUCAAAAAGUGCGGCAACAGGAAAGGGAACAGAUCAAGACCCUCAACAACAAGUUUGCAUCCUUCAUUGACAAGGUACGGUUUCUUGAGCAACAGAACAAAGUGCUAGAAACAAAAUGGAAUCUUCUGCAACAACAGGGCAGCUCAGCUCCAAAGUUCAACAUAGAUUUAUUAUUCGAGACUUACAUUUGUAACCUCAAAAAGAACGUGGAUCAGUUAACGAGCGAUCGGGCAAAGCUUGAUGGAGAGCUAAGAAAUGUACAGGAUCUUGUGGAAGACUACAGAAGGAAAUAUGAAGAUGAAAUUAACCAACGCACCGCUGCUGAAAAUGACUUUGUUGGUAUCAAAAAGGAUGUUGAUGUUUCAUUCAUGCACAAAAUAGACCUGCAAGCAAAGACUGAUAGGCUGAUAGAUGAGCUCAACUUCCUGAAGACCCUCUUUGAUGCUGAAUUGAUUCAAAUCCGAGGACAAAUUAGUGACACCAACGUUGUUUUGCAAAUGGACAACAACCGAGAUCUGGACCUCAGAAGUAUCAUUGCUGAAGUGAAAGCACAGUAUGAAGACAUUGCCAACAGGAGCCGGGCUGAGGCAGAAGCAUGGUAUCAAGGCAAGUUUCAGGAACUUCAGAGCACAGCUGUUGGUCAUGGGGAUGACCUCAAAGAUAUGAAGAAUCAGAUUGCGGAACUGACUCGGCAUAUUCAGAGACUAAAAGCAGAAAUUGACAAUAUGAAGAAAGUGAAUGAAGGUCUUCAAAAAGCAAUUGCUGAUGCUGAACAGCGUGGGGAGUUGGCCCUGAAAGAUGCCCGCGUGAAAUUGAGCGACCUGCAACUGGCUCUGCAAAAUUCGAAGGAUGAGCUGGCACGUCUCCUGCGUGAUUAUCAGGAGCUGUUGAAUACCAAGCUGUCUCUGGAUAUUGAGAUUGCUACAUACCGCACGCUGCUAGAAGGCGAAGAAUGCAGGAUAUCUGGAGAACUCACUGCCCCUGUCAGCAUGUCGGUGAUCAGCAGCUCGUCUACCAUGAGCGGAGGCAGUCGUGGAGGAUUUGGCCUGGGGGUUGGGGGAGGAGGGGGAGGCAGUGGUGCCGGAGGCAGCCAGGGCCUGACAGUGGGAGGAGUUGGUGCUGGCGGCUUUGGUAUAAGCACUGGAGGGAGCAGUUACAGCACUGGAAGCUAUGGUGGGGGAAUAGGGGUUGGAGGUGGAGGAGGCUCUUCCAGCAUGAAAUAUGUCUCAACCACAACCUCAUCGUCCAGCCGAAAAAUGGUCAGAUAAAAAAUAAAUAACACGUUGACAAUUGAUUCUGAAAAAAAAAAAAAAGCUCCUAAUCGCCAGCAUCAGCACAAGUCCCCAAGCUAGUCAUCCUUCUUUUUUCCCCCUGAGAAGUUUAAUAUGAACAGGUAUUGUCCCUUGUCUCCUGAAUGAACACCUCUGAGCAGGUGUUGGCCAUUCAUGAGAAAUGGCUCGUAUUACCCCUUCGCCAGGCAGUGUUUAUGUUACAAGUCUCUUUCCCAACCAACGUGACUUGUGGCUGUCGAGGCGUCUCUGAUUUUUCCUCUCUCUGUUAUUGCAAUUCUGCCUUCAGUAAAGAAGUACCACAUUUCCUACAGGCUGAAUGAAUUAAAACACCCCUCCCAUGUUGGACAGAAUUGAUAAUUUCCUCCCCUACUUUCUUUCAAAAGGAUGACAAUACCCUUUUGUGAUAGGAAUUCAGACAAAUUAACAGAGUUGGAAAGGACCUUGUAGGUCAUCUAGUCCAGCUCCCCUCCUCCACCACCUCAUGAAUUGGCAGGCAAGUUUUAAAUCAGCAAAUCUGGAAUCUGGUUAAGGCUGAUUUUAGUCAAAAGCAAACAAACCAAAAAGCCAAGCCCAAGCCUUCUGACUAAGGAACCCCCUUCCCUGCCUCAAAUACUAUUCUUAUGGUGCAAAACUUUAGGAAUAAAAUCUGACCACAUAAGACAUUUUUUAAAAAACACCCUGAUGAUUUCAGUGGGAGAUUGAGUACUAGGUUCACUCUCCAUAUUUGAAAUCAACAGGAUGGGGAAAAUGCUUACCUUUUGUUUCGGUUGUUUUUAAGCACUCAAAAAAAAAACCACUGAAUUGUUUCCAGUAUUGACAUUCAUUUUAUGGUCAUAAUUUCAUGUCUAUUUUCAUAUUUCUGCAAUUUCUUAUGCUGCUCUUUUUGUCGAGUGCUUUGCACCAGUAGAUGAAUGUGAUAUAAUUAUAUCCUCUUAAAUCCCAUUGAAAGCAGGAGGAAAGUGUAACCCAAAGUGGUCUGUAUCAUCAGGGCCUGUAUUUUUCUCACUGAAGCCCCAUUGCUCUGUUUGGCGCAUGUUGCUCAGCAUUUAAAAAUGUGAUAGCCUUCUGCUGAGACGGCAUUUGAGAAUGGAAAAGGCAAUUUAAUGGAUGGGCUAAUUGAAACAAUAUAUAGAAGUUGCCAACAGAAAACAAAGAACUCCCGUGUUUUAAUUCAGUUGUAAUAGUAGGCAAGUCUCUUCCAACACCCCGAGGAAUAUACACAGUCAAAACAACACAUUGUUUAAUUGGGAAUUAGAAGACAAGUGCUUAGGUCAGCCAUCUUUUUAAACGAUGCCUUUUGUUGUUCUGUGCCUAGAAGAAGCAUAGCAUUUGACUUUAUCAACCGUAGAAAAAUAAUUUUAGUAUUCUUUUGGUUACCUUUCCCUUCUCCCUGCUGCAAGAUGAUUUUUUUAAAAAAAACUGUUAAAUAAAUUUCCCAAUUGAUGAAGAACAUUUUAAAAAUGCAUAAUAGUUUGUAUGGCUUAUUUUGUAAGUGUCCCCAAAUGCUUGUUGUAAAUAAACUAGCAACUGUUUGGCUUCUUUUGCUCGGUCUAUUGUUCUCCAUAACUUCAUGCUUGAAAUUGCAA